AGCUCCAGCAGCAGCUCCAGCAGCAGCUCCAGCAGCAGCACCGGCAGCAGCUCCAGCAGCAGCACCGGCAGCAGCUCCAGCAGCAGCACCGGCAGCAGCUCCAGCAGCAGCACCGGCAGAACCUCCAGCAGCAGCACCGGCAGCAUCUCCAGCAGCAGCGCCGGUAGCAGCUCCAGCAGCAGCGCCGGUAGCAGAACCGGCAGCAGCUCCAGCAGCACCACCGGCAGCAGCUCCAGCAGCAGCUCCGUUAGUAGCACCGGAAGCAGCUCCAGCAGCAGCACCGGAAGCAGCUCCAGCAGCAGCGCUGGUAGCAGAACCGGCAGCAGCACCGACAGCAGCUCCAGCAGCAGCACCGGCAGAACCUCCAGCAGCAGCACCGGCAGCAUCUCCAGCAGCAGCGCCGGUAGCAGCUCCAGCAGCAGCGCCGGUAGCAGAACCGGCAGCAGCUCCAGCAGCACCACCGGCAGCAGCUCCAGCAGCAGCUCCGUUAGUAGCACCGGAAGCAGCUCCAGCAGCAGCACCGGAAGCAGCUCCAGCAGCAGCGCUGGUAGCAGAACCGGCAGCAGCACCGACAGCAGCUCCAGCAGCAGCACCGGCAGAACCUCCAGCAGCAGCACCGGCAGCAUCUCCAGCAGCAGCGCCGGUAGCAGCUCCAGCAGCAGCGCCGGUAGCAGAACCGGCAGCAGCUCCAGCAGCACCACCGGCAGCAGCUCCAGCAGCAGCUCCGUUAGUAGCACCGGAAGCAGCUCCAGCAGCAGCACCGGAAGCAGCUCCAGCAGCAGCGCUGGUAGCAGAACCGGCAGCAGCACCGACAGCAGCUCCAGCCGCAGCACCGGCAGCAGCGCCAGCAGCACCACCGGCAGCAGCUCCAGCAGCAGCUCCGGUAGUAGCACCGGAAGCAGAUCCAGCAGCAGCACCGGAAGCAGCUCCAGCAGCAGCUCCAGCAGCAGUGCCGGUAGCAGCGUCGGUAGCAGAACCGGCAGCAGCACCAAUAGCAGCUCUAGUAGCAGCACCGGCAGAGCCUCUAGCAGCAGAACCGGCAGCAGCACCGACAGCAGCUCCAGCAGCAGCACCGGCAGCAGCUCCAGCAGCAGCGUCGGUAGCAGAACCGGCAGCAGCUCCAGCAGCAGCGCCGGUAGCAGAACCGGCAGCAGCACCGACAGCAGCUCCAGCAGCAGCACCGGCAGAACCUCCAGCAGCAACUCCAGCAGCAGCUCCGGCAGCAGCACCGGCAGCAUUACCGGCAGCAGCACCGGCAGCAGCUCCAGCAGCAGCACCGGCAGCAGCACCGGCAGCAGCUCCAGCAGCAGCACCGGCAGCAGCUCCAGCAGCAGCACCGGCAGCAGCUCCAGCAGCAGCACCGGCAGCAGCUCCAGCAACAGAACCGGCAGCAGCUCCAGCAGCAGCGCCGGCAGAACCUCCAGCAGCAGCACCGGCAGCAGCUCCAGCAGCAGCGCCGGUAGCAGCUCCAACAGCAGCGCCGGUAGCAGAACCGGCAGCAGCUCCAGCAGCAGCGCCGUCAGAACCUCCAGCAGCAGCACCGGCAGCAGCUCCAGCAGCAGCGCCGGUAGCAGAACCGGCAGCAGCUCCAGCAGCAGCACCAGCAGCAGCUCCAGCAGCAGCACCAGUAGCAGCUCCAGUAGCAGCACCGGUAGUAGCUCCAGUAGCAGCUCCAGAAGCACCUCCAGCAGCAGCAACGGCAGCAGCUCCAGCUCCAGCAGCAACGCCGGUAGCAGCUCCAGAAGCACCUCCAGCAGCAGCUCCAGUAGCAGCUUCCGCAAUGGCGCCGGUUGUAGCUCCAGAAGCAGUGUCAGUAGUAGUUCUAACAGCAGCACCGGAUGACUCUCCGAUCGCAGCGCCAGUAGUAGCACCGGUAGAAGCUCCGAUAGCACCUACGGUAUCGGCACCAGAAGCUGUCGUGGAAACUUCUUC